AUGGCUGAAAACUACGCUCUCAUAUCAGAAAGUGGCACCAUGUAUAAGCAAACGGACUCUUUAAAGGACAUCAAAGACGUGUCACAGAAUUUAAUGAGUGGUGACUUCGAGAGACAGUAUAGGAACAGAACAGUGCAGGAAGGUGGGAAGAGGCGGCAGGCAUGCUGUGUGACAUUCGCGGUGACUCUAACGGUGGUGGUCAUAGCACUCUCCGCCCUUACCGUCGCAAGGGAAAUACACAUCAGACGUCUUUGUAAAGAGGUGGAGGAGCUGUCCGCUCAUAUAGUGGCCGUAGAAGCGAACGUGAACGCCCUGAAUCAAAAGAUUUCAAACAACAGACUCUUCAACGAGUUCAAAACUCUCGAUACGAUUUACACGGACGAUGACCAAGAGGAGGCCAAAGACUCAGAUAAGGACAAACAAGAUUACGGUAUACUCGAAAAAUUGCACAACCUUACCAUCCUGGAGGACGACUCCAUGCCCGACGAUGACCUGUCCGACGACGACGACUUAUUCGACGAAAGCGGAGACUAUUAUCAGGAUUACGAUCGACGGAGAGAGAACGCUAAACCUGGAUCUACGAACAUGGUGCUGCUGGACCCUGAGGACUUCACGGACCCCAUAGUGAAAUUUAAUCAGGAAGACAAGUCAGCUCUGUCAAAGAUAAGAAAGAUUCAACGUAUGCUCAACGAGAAUCCAGAAAAUCCAGACAUAGCACUUGCAGCAGCUCCUUCAAUGACGAACUUGGCCUCAAGCAACGAGCGUGAAAAACGCAGCGUUUUUCCUGAUACACCGAUCGAAAUGGUAGAACCCCCAGCGUUUACCGUAGCUGAUAAACUUGAGGAAAGAAGAAAAAGCAAGAAAUACUUGCCACCGCCUGUUGUACCAGCACCGCUAUCGAACAUUGGACUGCACACUGUCACGAGAACAGUUAGGAAUAGCGACAGUGACAAGCCGUUCAUUGCCGCUCAUUUUCACGGGAACACGUCGCAUCUUAAUCCUGAAAUACACGAGCACUACAAAGGUAACGGUCUAGUGCGCGUGUCACACGACCAGCCGCACAACGUGUGGUAUCCAUCGACUUGGACCAUAAACGCUCCACACCCGCGUCCCACAUUGACGCGCGGCGGACAUGUGCACGUCCAUCACUCCGGUGUUUACCUCGUCUAUGUUCAGAUAUACUACUUGGACAGCCAUGACGUCAUAGCGUGGGUGUUACACCGGACUAACCCUGACAUCGAGGGAAGACAGACGUUACUUCAGUGCGCGCAGUCCUCCCAUUCAUCAGAAAGACUGGACAAGCCAAACUCAUGCUUCUCAGCAUCUGCAUUAUAUCUAAAAGCAGGCGAUAAACUCGCCGUGAGGAAUACCGGUGGGGACAGACAUUCGCUGAUGGAACCAGAGAAGAGUUUCAUUGGGCUCGUUAAAUUGGGUGAUGCCAUGGAGUUUGAAGAAGAGUUGUAG